AUUGUGAAUGGCUUCAUACUGACUGAGCUGUGAAAUGAUUUAUCAUGUUUUAUCAGCACUUUAGCAUAUGUUGUUUUUAUUCGAUGUGACGUUCUUCGGGACUGGAUUGUAAAGGGGAAACGAUGUCGGACGCUGAAGGUGCUCGCAGUCCAGACCAGCUGAAUAAAUUCGAGAAACUGACACACAGGCCGCCGCACGGUGAGACGUUAGCAGGCCAUCGUACUCCCCCUGCCCGCAGUGGGCAUCGCUGCGUAGCUGACAACACUAACCUGUAUGUGUUUGGAGGGUACAACCCUGACUACGAUGAGUCAGGAGGCUCAGAGAAUGAAGACUACCCACUGUUCAGGGAGCUUUGGAGGUACCACUUUGCCACUGGCUGCUGGCAGCAGAUUCGAACAGAGGGCUAUAUGCCCACAGAGCUGGCAUCUAUGUCAGCUGUUUUGCACGGCAACAACCUCCUGGUGUUUGGAGGCACUGGGAUCCCCUUUGGUGAAAAUAAUGGCAAUGACGUACAUGUUUGUAACGUGAAGUACAAGCGGUGGUCACUGCUCAACUGUCGGGGGAAGAAGCCAAACAGAAUCUAUGGACAGGCAAUGGUUAUUAUAAACGGCUUCCUGUACGUAUUUGGAGGGACAACGGGGUACAUCUACAGCACAGACCUGCACAGGCUGGACCUGACCACCAGGGAGUGGAUCCACCUCAAGCCCAACAACCCUCCUGACGACCUGCCUGAGGAACGGUACAGGCAUGAAAUAGCACAUGACAGACAGAGGAUCUACAUUCUGGGAGGAGGAACUUCCUGGACAUCUUACCCUCUGGACAAGAUACAUGCUUACAAUCUGGAGACCAAUUCCUGGGAGGAGAUUUCAACUAAACCUCAUGAUAAAAUAGGGUAUCCUGCUCCUAGGAGAUGCCAUAGCUGUGUACAAAUACGAAAUGAUGUAUUUAUCUGUGGAGGCUACAACGGGGAAUUGAUAUUAGCUGAUCUGUGGAAGAUAAACCUGCAGACUUUCCAGUGGAGUAAACUACCGGCAGUGAUGCCUGAGCCAGCCUACUUCCACUGUGCUGCUGUCACCCCAGCUGGCUGCAUGUACAUUCAUGGUGGCGUAGUGAACAUCCAUGAGAACAAGAGAACUGGCUCUCUUUUUAAGAUCUGGCUGGCAGUGCCCAGCCUGCUGGAGCUAUGCUGGGAGAAGCUCCUCAAGGCCUUUCCCCACCUGACUUCACUCCCCACCAUGCAGCUGCUCAACCUGGGCCUCACACAGGAACUCAUUGAACGCUUGAAAUAAGCCGCACAGUGAGGGACGGACAAAUGAAUGGAUGGGACGGGCUGGGCUGGACCGGAAGGAGAUGUGGUCUGACAGAGCACAGAAUUUAAUUAAAAGCAAAAUUCUCGGGAAAAUGCCCUCUCCUGCCCCCGCCCAAUGUAGCCCCGCCUUAAAACCAAAAACAAUGGGAUGCCUCUUUUUCGUUCUUUUUUUGGCAGUUUCAGUGAUGAUAAAGAAAAUAAAUGUGGAAUGUUUUAUGGAUUUUACUCGACUCUCCCCCCUCCGCCACCACGGCUCCUUACAUGAUGCCUUUGUGUCAAGCUAAACACAAAUUCCUGCUUCUCAUCCUCCAAACUGUGACAGCUGGAAAUACUUUGUUUUACCAUGUUUUCAAAGACUAUCCCCUCCCAUUAGUUUAAAAGAAGAAAAUCUGCCUUCUCUAGUACUUUUAAGAAUUCUGUGCAAAGGAAGAAUGCAUGUGUAUUUAUUUGAAGGACUAAAUCAGUCUAUCUGGGGGUAUUCUCAUCACCUGAUAUUGCUGUUUGCACACUUUGUCUUGCAUUUUUGUGGACAUUUACUCUUUUUUUUUUCUUUCUUUUUUUUUAACAGAUCCUAUAAGCAGUCUA